CUAAGAAUUCAUCAUUAUGUAGCAAUUAGCAUUAAACAUAAAGGGGUUGGAGCCGAAUUACGGAAAACGUAAAGGACUUGUAAAUAAUUAUUAGAAAGGAAGUAGGGGUAUAAAAUCUGUGCUGUGCAAUCUCUAAAUUAAUUCUUCACACACUGCAGAGACAGCGAAAGGGAGAGUUACGCACCGUCACAAUCUUCAGAUGUCUUUGCAUAUUGGAAACCUAUCAGCUGGCACUCGUAUAGAUGACCUUCAACGUGUUUUCCGGAAGUUUGGUAGGUGUACUGUAAGGGUGAAGGACAAGUAUGGGUUUGUAGUUUAUGAUUAUCCCGCCGGUGCUGAAAAAGCUCUUAAAACACUUCGUGGGACAAGGAUUUGUGGUCAGGCCAUAACAAUAUCAUGGUCUAAACGGCAGCCUCAGAAAUCGCAAAGGCCCCCGACUGGGGAGAAGUUGAAUGAGGAACCACAUAGAAGGUAUUCAAUGAAAGAAUACGCUCAUCGAAGGUCGAGUUCAUAUGGUCGACGAGAGAAUGAGUUGAACUCUCACAAAGCAGAUGGCAAACUUAGAACUGAUUCUUCCAACUUAAUCCAUGAAUCAACUAGGUACCGUCCAGAUGAGUCAAAGCCUUAUGUGAGAGAAAGCAAUCAAACUUCUCCGACUGAUCAUCAUGGGAUAGGAGAUGGUAGAAAGAACCAUGUGAAUGUUAGUAGGUGGGACGAGCCGGCUAUAGACCCCUUAAGUGAAAUUUAUUUGGAAAAUAACUUGGACUUUGACCGUUAUGAGCCUCAUGACAGUGAUGGUAAAAAGGAAUUGGAUGAACGAUCUGACAUAUCUCAUUUGGUAGGUUCAUCUUCUGUCAAGAAGGUCCAAGAUAGAAGAGGGCUUUCCUACAAUGAAAAAUCUCAAAAGAGUUGCUACAUUUGUGGGGAGUUGGGCCACAAAAGGAGCAACUGUCCACUACAGCCAAAGAGGCAUGUCUCUGAUUGUCGGCCAAGCCCACAUCCGAGUGGUGACACUUUUCUCCUCAGUAGUCAGGAAAGUGAUAGGAAGCCAACAACUUCAAAAACCAAUCUGAAAUUGCUGAGGCUUGGAGAUUCUUCCACUCAGGAGAUUUCUCCUAGAGGUAGGGGGAAUGAGUUAAAAGAUAAAAAAAGAAAUUGGAGGGACUACGAAAGUCAAGAUAAAAGUCGUUUUCAGAGAGCAAUAGGUCCAUCUUCAUCUUCAAUCCACUCUAAUUAUACUUCAUCCAGAUCACAGUCGCCUUCUAGACCAUAUCAACCCUCAUCACGGUUCAAGUUGAAGUCAAUACAUUCAGAGAAAAUUUCCUUACCUUCUUCUUAUGGAUCUUCACCUUCACGCCAUUCUGGAUAUAAAACCUUAAAGUCACCACGGUCUAAAGCUGGGUCAAUGUCGCCUUCUUCUUCAUUAUUACCUAAAGAAGUCAAUCAUAAUGUAUCUCCCUCUCCAAAUAAAGCUCAGGGAAAUUCCAAGGGCUCUUUGGCAAAUGUUGUUGCCUUUCAGCAAUGUGCGGAUUUAUUCGAAGAGGAAACACAGUUGGUGAUGCCAAAGGAUUCAUCUGGAAAGGAUAAUAAUCUUUGGCAUUCUUCUUCCAAGGGCUCACAUGAGUCAUGUGUACCACUUUUAGAUGGUGAUGGGCAUAUUGUUGAUAAUCUAUCUCUGCACUCGAUGAAAGGGAUAAGAGAGUCACAACGUGAGCGACAUGUUUCUGCAACAGAAUGUAACAGUCAAUCAAUUUUGAAUGCUUCCAGAGAAGCAAGAAUGUCGUUAGAGGAAGUACAUAUGGUUAUGAAACAUUAUGGCUUGCAACUGCCAGAGGAAAAUGAAAAGGACUUACCUGUUGAAGUUUAUUUUGGUUCCGCCCGCUUUUGGCCAUGGGAGAUGAUUUACUAUAGGAGAUUAAAGAAGGGUCCUAUAUCAGCUGAGAACUAUUCAAGGAGAAGUGCUCAGAAUGCAGAAUAUGGAAUUGUUGACAGACAUGUUAGAGGCAGCAGUGGAUGGGGAGAACUUCAUGAAAAUUCUUGAGCACCUUUUUCUGCGUUUUGAUAGGCACUGGCAGUUAUAUCUCUCCUUGCCAUGUUCUUAAGCCUGUUGCUGAAAUUCAUUUAGAACCCUGGCGUCAUCUUUCAUCAUGCUGUCAUGGGAUAUGACAUGACACACAGGACUUGUAGAUUCCUCCUGGUUAUAAUUGCUAUCAAGUAAGGGUUUUUCUCUACAUCGGCUGUAAAACUUCUAGUCAUGGUUAUAAUACACAUAUGUACUGCAGUACAAUGAAUCUUGUUUUUUGAGUCUUGACAACCAAAAUUAGUCGUCUGUCUUUUGUUGGGAGCUCUUUCACUUUGUUAUGCAAUAACUUUUUCUGCUAAGCUUGUUUUGUCCAGGAGGUGAGGGAGUUUCCAUAGAUACGACUGUAGCUCAAUUCCAAUAUCGCACGUUGACCUCAAUAUCAUCAAUUUUGGUGGGAUAUUAAGCUUACUAUUCAUAAUAUAUUUUAAUAUAUAACUCAGGAAGACCACAGAUAAUUGCCAUCAUUUUUAAAGCUCUCUCUUUGGAGAAUCUAUUAAUAGUACCAGAGUUGAACUUGACUAAAGAAACUUUAUGGUUCUCUGAAUCAUAAAACACGGUUUUUGAGUUUCCUUGGUUUGCUUGGAACCAUUGAUGAUAAUGCCGUAGCAUUUUGACAUUCAGAAGAUGUAGGUGCAGUCAUUAGCUACUUUUUUUCUGUGCAAAAAUGUUCUCUAUUUCAUUUCAUGGUUUAGCUCAAAAUAUAUGUAGUAUCCUGUGGGGACUUACACUUGUACUGUCCUUAUGUUAAAUCUUUCCCAUGUAUUAAGUCUGUUUACUUGUACGUGAAAAACUGUGUAAGAUGAUAAGAUCAAAGAUGUGUCUGGCGUGGGUGUGUUUGUGAUUUUGGUGAAGAUUGCACAGAUUCUUACGCAAGCAUUACAUAGUGCUUCCCGCUUUCUUAUUAGUUUCCCUUGAAUGGGAUCUGAUUUCUUCUAAGAAUAUGUAACAGAUUCUUUUAUUUGGCUUCGCUUUUACCUGGAUCUGUCAUUUUGGAGUAAAACUGGCUUGACUGUUUCUCUAUCUAUCACGCCUUCAAAAUCUGUUAGAAUUUUUUGUACAUACUUUUACAGCUUUUUUCUAGAAAGCUCAAUAUCCUCCAGGAGUCAAGAAUUUCUAUAUUCUUGUUCUGAUACAGGACACUGUCUUUGUAAUUCCAAUAUUCUUUACUCUUAAUUCAAUUUAGCUUUAUAAUUUCUGAUAAAAACACUUAUCCGGAAAAGAAAGCCCCUGGAAUAUUUUGAAAAAAGAGGCAAAUAUUUGCAACAACCCUGUCACCACAAUGAAUCAUCAAGAAGACGCUCAUCAAUAUAUAGCAUAUAUAGCGUAUUAGCAUUUGGAGCACUGACCAGAGAGUGAGGCUGCUGUUGGCACAUCAAAUGGCUGCCAGAUCAGAUGUCUUGAGGGCAUGAAGUUGGUGCAGGUCUAUCAAAGACAUUUCUUAUCACCCAACCCAUAUUCUAUGUACCAAAAGUCUCUCCCCUGCAGUCAGGCAUGGCUAUUGGGAUGCAAACCAUUGCCAUCCUUGGUGUAAGGCAAUGAAAGGAAAUUUCGUUGGUUGAAGCAGAAGAACAUCUGAACAUGUAUUUGUGGUGCAGUCAUAACAGUAGUGAUGGUAAAAAGGAAUUGGAUGAACGAUCUGACAUAUCUCAUUUGGUGGGUUCAUCUUCUGUCAAGAAGGUCCAAGAUAGAAGAGGGCUUUCCUACAAUGAAAAAUCUCAAAAGAGUUGCUACAAUUGUGGGGAGUUGGGCCACAAAAGGAGCAACUGUCCACUACAGCCAAAGAGGCAUGUCUCUGAUUGUCGGCCAAGCCCACAUCCGAGUGGUGACACUUUAAUGUGCCUCCUUUAUUGCAAAGUUACUGUCGUUUAUGAACACAUUGUAGUAAAAAUUGCAUUAGCACGAUCCUUUCUUCUGUUCAUAUGAUAUUUUUAUUAGGAUGCAAUUAGUUGCAGCUAAUGAAUAAGUCAAUAUUGCCAAUGAUGGUGUAGUUAAAACAUUUUCAUUUUAGGUAUUUUAUGAGAACAAUGUUACAUCAAUGCAAAACAUAACUUUCACAUUUUUAAA